AUGGCGGUAGAUGAGAAAAGCGAAGUUUUUAAGAUCAUUAUUGUCACCGAUGACGAAAAGUGUGUAAUCAAAGUUCUUAAGCUCUCAUCUUCGGGUGCGGCCAAUACACAUUUCAAAGAACUUUACCUAUCGUUUACCGACACGACGACACGAAUGAUACACAUGGAUAUCAAGCCGCCUAACGAUAUGCUAGACAAUUCUGAACGCAAAGUAGAUAUUUCGCUACGCGCUGAAAGCUACGUCUCACCGGCUGGGGUUUUGCCGAAUUUUGUCACUUCUCGAAGGUGGCCUCGAGCUUCCACGUGA